AUGGGAAAAACAUUCUUAUGGAGAGCAUUGUCUUCUGCUUUAAGGUCAAAGGGUGAUAUAGUUUUAAACGUGGCAUCAAGUGGCAUAGCAUCUCUUCUACUACCAGGAGGUAGAACUGCGCAUUCAAGAUUUUCAAUACCAAUAGCUGUUAAUGAAGAUUCAACCUGCAACAUCAGUCAAAGUAGUCCUUUGGCACAGUUGAUAAUGCAAAGUAAGUUGAUCAUUUGGGAUGAGGCACCGAUGAUGCAUAAGUUUUGCUUUGAAGCUUUAGACUGUACUAUGAGAGAUAUCAUGCGUGCUAAAAAUCCAAAAAGCUUGGAUAUGACUUUUGGUGGGAAAACCGUGGUGUUAGGUGGAGAUUUCAGACAGAUUCUACCAGUCAUUCCAAAGGGAACCAGGCAAGAUAUUGUUGGAGCAAGUAUAAAUGCAUCAUAUCUUUGGAGAAGCUGUAAAGUAUUUAGGCUAACAAAGAAUCUCAGGCUUAGGUCAUUGCAAUCAGAUACUGAAGUUAAAGAGAUUGAAAAAUUUGCAAAGUGGAUUGCUAAUAUAGGUGAUGGAACAAUUGGUGAUUGUUUGCAUGGAGAAUAUCGUGCUAUUUUGACACCAACUUUGGAUAUUGUGGAUGCAGUAAAUGAAUACAUGAAUGACUAUAAUAAUGCCGAAGGAAGGACGUAUCUCAGUUGUGAUUCGGUUUGUAAAUCUAAUUCAAAUGUUGACAUGCUUCCUGAUCUGCACACUGCAGAAUUUUUAAAUGGUUUAACAAAG